AGGGUUCUUGGCAUUUCUUCUGGAAAUGGAGGGGGACCAGCCUGAUCGCGAGCUCUACGCGCUCUUGCAUCUCGAUCCCGAUGCCUCCGACGAGGACAUCAAGCGCGCGUAUCGGCAGUGGGCGCAGGUGUAUCAUCCGGACAAGCAUCGUACACUCCAGAUGCAAGACAUUGCGACUCAGAACUUCCAGCGCAUUCGCGAGGCGUAUGAGAUCCUCAGCGACGAGAAGAAGCGGCAGGUUUACGACAUCUAUGGCAUGGAGGGGCUGAAAUCCGGGCUGGAGCUUGGUCCCAAGCUCAAGACGAGGGAGGAGGUAAGAAACGAGUACGAGAAGCUCCAGGCACGGAAGGUGGAGCAGAAGCUCGCGUCUCACGUUCUACACUCGGGAUCGAUGGUCGUCUAUCUCUCGCUCGUCGAGGCCAUGCGAUCGUCUCUUCUCAAAGGGGCUGCGCUUACUGCGAUGGGAAUGACCACGCAAAUUCAAGCGCAGAUCUCUAAGAAAGACACAGUUCUUGCGGGUGGCAACAUGUUUCUUCGAAGAAACAUGGGAGGAGGCUCCAUGACUGGAGUGCUUCGCCACCAAUAUUGCCCGGCUACGUCUCUGGAGUUCAUGGCGACUUUGGGACUUCGGUCGGUUCUGAACUGGCAGAUCACCAGGCAAAUAUCGUCUCAUUCAUCGGGCACGCUUAGCCUCUCUUACUCGCUGCGGAGUGGACACGUAACUCUGGGUGAAUCAUGGACGAGGCAGAUCGCUGAAAACACGACCGCAACUCUUUUGCUCUUUCUUGGUCCUGAUCCGAAUCAAGCGGGUUUAGUUCUGGGCUGGCAACACAAAGGAACCAAAAACUCGAUAAGCUCUGAGAUCAAAGCCGGUCCAGCAGCUGCAGGAAUCAGUGGCCAAGUCACCAGGCAACUGUCUGGCAAGUCCAAGGGGAAAGUUAGCGCUCGACUUGGGAGUACUGGUGUUGAGCUCGAGAUUGGUGGUGAGAGAAGUAUCUCUGACCAUAGCUCGGCUGGAAUGUUCUGCGUGAUAGGCCUUCAGGGAGUGUCUUGGAAAUUCAGGUUCACUCGAGGUGGCCAGAAGUUCGUCGUGCCGCUUUUACUUGCAGCGCGUUUUGAUCCGGUAGUGGCACUUGGUGCACUUCUCUUACCAUCGACUCUAUAUGUUGUUCUCAAGAAGUACCUCUUUAAGCCGUAUUUCUUAAAGAGAGCAGAAGCGAAGAAGCUGGAACAGCGAAAGUCGACAGUAACACAGGUUCAAGAGUCUCGGGCAAACGCCGAAAAGGCUCAAGAUCUCUUGAAAAACGUUGCUCAUCGUAAAGUUGCGAAAGCGGAGGAGACAGGAGGCUUGAUCAUUGCCAAAGCCAUUUACGGCGAUCUCAAGGCCCGGGAUGGAAACGUGUCUGGAGAAGACACCCCUCCAACGAUUGACGUGACCAUACCUCUGCAGUUCCUUGUCGACGACUCUGGUCAGCUCAAGCUCCACGCCGGCGUAAAGAAGGCCGGAUUGAUGGGCUUUUGUGAUCCAUGCCCGGGCCAGCCAAAGCAGCUGGUUGUCUCGUACACCCUCCAAGGCUCACAGUUCAAGGCUCUGGUCGAUGACUAUGAGGAACUCACGAUCCCACAAGAAGCUCACAAGCUUUCCUCAAAGUAAAUUUUGCGAGCAAGCUCCAUCCAACUUGGAAUGCUGUAAAACCAUGGCACUGUAGCAACGAAUAACAAAGGUGGAGCCACCACCAGGUAUGGAUUCUCACAUUCUCAAAGCACUAAAGAGAAGCUCUCUUACAUUCUAAGAGAUUUUAUUCGCGUUCCAA